AUGGACAUCCGGCUGUUGAAGGGCAAGACGAACAAGGUCACUCUCGCGGUAUGGCAGGGCGGACGGAAGCAUGUCGCAUGCCUACGGACGAUCAAGAGCUUGAUUGUGAACAUGAUAACUGGCGUCACGAAGGGCUUCCAGUACAAAAUGCGCGCCGUAUACGCGCAUUUCCCUAUCAAUUGUAUCGUCCAGAAUGAUGGUAUGGCGUUGGAGAUCCGUAAUUUUCUGGGGGAGAAGAUUGUGCGGCACGUGAACAUGUUGCACGGUGUGUCUGUUGCGGAGUCGAAGGCGCAGAAGGACGAGCUGAUCAUCGAGGGGAAUGACAUUGAGAAUGUUUCGCAGUCAGCUGCAUCUAUCCAAGGUGUCUGCCGUGUACGGAACAAGGAUAUCCGUAAAUUCCUUGACGGUAUCUACGUCUCCGACAAGGGCACCAUUGUGCAAGAAUGA